GCCGAACGUCACAAUUUCCGACGCACGUUGCUGCGUUAGCUAGCGUUAGCUAACACACACACACACAAGAAGCCUGGAUAUGGCGAACGGGUGCAAAGACGUGUUGUUUACCCGCGGAAAUGGACAGAGUGAUGAUUCAGACAUCUGGGAUGAUACCGCGCUUAUAAAAGCAUACGAUAAAGCUGUUGCAUCCUUCAAGACUGCCCUAAAGGGCGAAGACGAACCGCAGGACUCUAAGAAAACCCAACCAGGAAAGAAACGGAAGAACAACAAGAAGAACCAGGGCAGAAAACGUACCAAUGCACCGCCUGAUAAAGAGUGGCAGGUUGGGGACUCUUGCAAUGCUUACUGGUCAGAGGACGGCCAGCUCUAUGCAGCCACCAUCUCAUCCAUAGACCACCAGAGAGGUACUUGUGUGGUUGUUUACACAGGUUAUGGCAACGAGGAAGAGCAGAAUCUGGAAGACCUGCUGUCAGAGAUCUCAGAGGCUGAUGAAGCAGCGACUCCCACCAAGGAAAAAGUGGAAGAGUCUUCCACAGAAGAGAGCGACAGGUCGACCACACCAAACCAACACAAGCAGCAGCCACACGGUAAAACUCAGAGGUCCAAAUCUCACAAACCGCCGCCUUCUAUGUGGCCUCCUGGUUUCCCUGGAUUUCCCCCUGGACCUCCCCCCAUGCACGAUUUCAAACAAAGGGAAGGCGGACGGUCUGCUGGUCAUGGAUCCGUACCUCCACCCUGGCCUCCUAUGAUGCCUUUCGCUCCUCCUAUGAUCCCUCCCCCUCCACCAAUGAGCCCUGACAUGGUGGAUGACGAAGCAUUGGGCAGCGUGCUCAUAUCCUGGUACAUGAGCGGCUAUCACACAGGAUACUACCUGGGUUUGAAGCAAGGACGGAAAGAAGCAAACAAGUGGACAAAACUUCACCACAAAUGAACAAGCUUCAGUUUGACUGGCUUUGAAACCAAGAAACGUUGAGUCUGAUUUAUGCUCAAGACGUCUUUGACUAAAAUGUUUUGUAUUCUUUGUAAAUAGAUUAAAUAAAGGCUGUCAGAAUAAACAGUA